CCAUGGCCAAGAACGCGCUGCUGAAUCUGUAUUUGCUGGCCUUUAAUGGCGCCUCGUGCGCUGGUUGGGCCUACGUGCUCUAUCUGACCGUGACGACGGUGCUUGAGGCGUAUGGCGCCGGACAGGACUGGAAUCAGGUGGCGCAGAGCACGUGGAUCGUAGUGUCACUGCCCCUCAAGAUCGUGCAGACGAUGGCUGUGAUGGAGAUCGUACACGCUGCAGUGGGCUUCGUGCGCUCGCCGCUGGGCUCCACGCUCAUGCAAGUGAGCUCGCGUCUCUGGCUGGUCUGGUCUAUCAACGUAUUGUGCCCCGUGUCCCGCUACCAGUUCGGCUUCCCUCUCAUGGUUGCCAGCUGGGGUCUAGUGGAAGUUCCGCGCUACUCUUUCUACGCCCUUAACCUGUACAAUGCAGUGCCCAAUUUUCUCUUCUUCCUGCGCUACCAUCUCUUCAUGGUGCUCUACCCGUCGGGUGUGCUCGGCGAGGUGCUGUGCAUGGUGAGCUCGUUGAGCUUCCUGUCCACGGGCGUGUACGCGAUCCAGCAACCGAACGCACACAAUGUCUCCAUCUCGCUGUAUGUGGUGGUCAUCCUCGUGCUGGUCGUGUACAUUCCCGGUCUGCCGGUCAUGUACGGCCACAUGCUCACACAGCGUAACCGUGCGUACUCUAAGACUAAGGUCAAGACGGCGUAGAUCACACAGGCUGUUUAGAACCCGAUAAAGGCGUUGUGGGAGUGGAGAUCAAGAAAAUAUUGUGCGUUGUACGCAUAGUCUAUUUGAUAAUAGCUUCUUAUUGCUCCCUGUGUGCUGCUUUAUGGACUACCCGACGCAGUAAAGUUUACAGAUAUUCCAUCCCUUCUGUCACCUCCCUUCGAGUUAGAAAAUGCUAGAAUCCUCCAGGUCGUCGUCUCUUGUUUCCUUAAGCACCUUACGCGACACGACCAUGAGCAACGCACCGAUAGCUCCUACGACACCGACGAUAACAACCACCAGCGUUUGAUCGAAAGACCUGUUGUCCGUUCCAAAUGCUGCCGACUUGUUCUCAAGGGCUUUAGCAGCGUUUGUUGAAGCGAAUUCUUGUUCCACAGUCUCCUCAGUCGAGCCUGAUGAUGACCGGCUCUGAGGCCUGGCAUCGAAUGAACCAGGCCGCGGUGGUCCCUGUGUCGGAGCUGGUGUCGGAGCUGGUGUCGGAGCUCGAGUCGGUGCCGGAGUUGAUACCGGG